CUGGGAACAAAGAAGAAAUGCAGUAGGGCCGACACGUUCCUAAAUGUUUUGUUCGAAGGAUGUUGAAGGCUAAAAUAUUUCCACGAUUUUCUUCAAUACUGUUACAUCUGUUCGGUUAUUGUCGAUGUGGUGUCUUACAUUUGUUUCUGUUGCCGAGGAAUUGAUUUAAAGCUGAAGAUGUUUACAAGAAGUCGCUUACAGACGGCGGACAUUAAAAGAUGGUUUGAGAAGGCUUUGGUGGCGAAGGACUAACUUCGAGUGCAAGAACUGCGUUGGAAAGGUCCAUAGAUGGACCUGUUUAUUGAGACAUUAACUGGAACAGCCUUUGAACUGCGAGUUAGCCCUUUUGAAACCAUCAUGAGCGUCAAAGCUAAGAUUCAGCGUCUUGAAGGCAUCCCAAUGUCUCAGCAACAUUUGAUAUGGCGAUCUGUAGAAUUGGAAGAUGACUAUUGUCUUCAUGAUUACAACAUCACUGAUGGGGCAACAUUGCAACUAGUCCUGGCUAUGAGAGGAGGUCCUAUCAAUACCAGAAGAAUACCUGUUGAAGAUCCUACUCUAAGAGAAAUGGCUGAAUACAUGGAGGUCAACAGGGAAGAAAUCUGGGACAAACUCCCUAAGGAUAACCGCCAAGUAACCUUACUUGUUUUCAGGGAUGGAGACCAGUUGAAUUUCUUUCGAGUUGUGGAUAGAGGCGAUGGUACUUUGACCCCACUCUCAGACUCCUUGAGUGGUGCUUCAAUGUACAAUUUGUAUGAUGAAGAAGAGGACGAAAAUCCACCUCCAAUAUCACAGGAAGCCAUCAAGGAAAACAGUGUGACAAUGAACAAAGUGAGACUUCUUAAGAAUAGAAUGGAAUCACAGAAAAGCCUCAAGCCUAAACAUCAACCAGCACCUCCAUCUACUGAGAAACCCACCAGCAGUUCAAUACUCAGUGCAAGGAGAAGGUUGCAGUUGACCUCUGCAACAGCAACAUCAAAAGCUCAUGACACUGCAUUCCGAGUUGUUGAUCAACAUUCUUCAAGCAGACAUCAACCAAAAGCAGGAGCUGUUCACGGUUCACCUUCUAAACAGUCAAGUGCAACAAACAGGGUAACACCUAAAGGACCAUUGCCACCUGUUAACACAAGGAGGAAAACUAACCAAAUUGAUGUAUCAGACUUUUUAGUGCAAUCUAGCCAAGAGGCAAAAAUUGUUCCUUCAAGUCGAACACUCGCAAGGAGUGCAAUGAAAGAAGGAAGGAAAACAAUAUCAGAGCUUGUUAAAGACUCUAAAGAAAUUAAACCCUUGGGAAGUAUAUCAAAACCUGUGAGUCAUCACAAGGAAACAAGAACUUCAAGCCCUUCUCAUGGGGUUACUAGUUUAGAUUAUUCAUCAGGAAGUGCCAGUUUACGGCGAUCGAGAAUUCCAGAAGAUUCUUCUGAUGUGAGGUAUCCACUAGAUUUAACGUCAGGAAGUGGGGGAUUUAGACGGAUUCGUGCAAUGGAAAAUAGAAUUCCAACUCCAGAAGGAAGGCGAUCAGGCAUCCUGAGUGAUUCUCUAUCUUAUUCGUAUCGAAUUUCACAUGGAAGUACAAGUAAUUCAAAUAAUUCUCCAUCUCAUCUUCACCAUCUACCUCCUGUAAAAACAAAACCACAUCCGCCCCCACAACUUUUACCUGCUAAAAAGAAGACUAGAUGUUUUAGUUGUGGAAAGAAAACAGGAUUAGCUACUACCUAUCAAUGCAGGUGUGGAAAUUCAUUUUGUGCAACACACCGCUACGCUGAAGCUCAUAGCUGUACAUAUGAUUAUAAAAGUGAAGGGAGAAAGAUUAUUGAACAGAACAAUCCUGUAGUUGCAGCUCCUAAGCUUCCAAAAAUCUGAACUAGCAGUUAUGUAUUAUUGACAAGAUAAAUAUAUUUGUAAAUAAGUUAAAACUUGCCAAAAAUUAAUGCUGCAAUGAUAUGUAACUUGUAGAUAUAAGAAAGUUCCUGGGAAAUUGAACUGUCGUGAUUUUGUUUACUUUUGGAACCAUGGUAAUCGCUUGGGACAAAAAAUUUGGUAUCUUCAUUUUUCUUGAAAAGGUUGAUAUAUGUAGCUGUUUUGCAAAUUGCUCUACAUAUGUGUGAUAUAUUAUUCUAAGCAGUAAAAAUGUUGGUUCUUAAUCAACUGUUAUUGUUGUAAAAAGAUAAAAAUUUGGUUUUGUUCGGAGCCUUUUAAAGGACAUUUUUAUUGGUUCUUAGUUUUCUAUAUUAUUUUUUCCUUUUCAGUUUUGGGUUUUUAGUUCAUAUCUCGUCUAAAUUCAGCUGCUUCUGCAUGCAAUCCAAAGUUUUGGCUACAGAAAUUUCACAUAAUAAUUUAUUCCACUUUGUUAUUGGUCUACCAAUUGUUGAAUGUAUUACAUUUUUGUCAUCUCAAAUCUGUGUGGUUCCAUGUUCUUUUGAGUGACGACAGUUACACUUGCACAAGACACAAUUAAUUCCUUCUGCAGUCUACUGGUUAUUUUAAGCAGCUGGCACCUGGUGUUUGUCUUAAUUUUCAUUGUAUAUAAAGCUACACAUAAAGCAACAUUAUUCCAUGGUCACUUGUAAACAUGCAGUCACUAAAAGAUGCAGGUGAAAGAGUAAGAAUAAAAUUCAAUUCAAUAGGA